UAAGAGCUGGGAGGGAAAGGAUGGCUGCUGGUGUUUGAACAGCCUCAGAUGCUCAACACAGACAGAGUCCGAGCAGAAAAACUGACCAGAGGCAGAGACGACGGGGACGUCUCACUGGGGGAAAUAAACAUCUUGCUCAUCAUCUGUGCUGGGAAGCAACAGAAAAUAUUUGGCCAUGCCUGCAGAAGUGAAAGAGAGUUCAGAGGGCCCUUCUUCACUGUCCUUACACCAGGAGGCCAGAGAACCCACUCUGGAAACCCCGUCCACGACUGAUGAGCUGGACACGCCCACCUCCAUCGCCUCGGUGAUGACCUCAACCAAUGAGAGCUCCACGGAGACCGACACCCCCCAGCAGACUGAUACUGAGGAGUUCAAGGCUGUGGAGCAAGAGGGCCUGAGUGACACCCAAGAAUCCUCCGUGACGCAGCUGCAGAAUUUACAGAUUGCCGACGCACCUGAGCUCACAUCAACUCAAGACAAAACUCCUGCAGAGCAACCAAUUCCAGAAGCAAACACUGAGCCGGCAGUGUGUCUCCCACAGCCCACUGAGUCUGUUACCCCAACCACCACGACCAACACCACCACAGCACCACCACAGCCUCAGGUGGUACUGCAGUCUGGAGAGCCUCAACCACUGAAUCAAGACAGCCAGAGCAGAGUGUACACCCUGCCAGACAGUUACAGGGGCAUCGGGGGUGAAUUGUGCCCAGGGUAUGGAAGCCUCUCCCGUGCCACCCUCCACAGCUACUGGCCUGCCAAAAACUUCCAGCCUGGGGCUCACUACACCUUACCCUUCCUCAGGGACAGCUAUGCUCCUGGAGGACUCAGUGGCCAGACAGAGGAGCAUGGCUCCAGCGUGCAAGGAGAAAACCCUCUGGACAUGAAGACUGAUCACCCAAAUGCCAGCUACCCGACACUGGCAGGGAUCCACCAGUUCAGGCCUUUCACCACCAUGGAGCUUCUCAGAGAGCCGUCAAGAACCAGAGGUGGCUAUGACGAUGCUUUCAUGGCCCAGCUGGAAGGGAACCUGAAUCCUUAUUUCCAGGCCAUAUGCCGAGCGCAGACCCUGCAGUUUCCUCACAAGCGCAGCAGCAUGGUCAGCCUGGACGGCAUCCGCAGAGACCCGCGCUGGAGAGAUCCCAACUUACACGAGGUCAUCUCAAUGCUCAGCCACCCAAUGGACCCAGUCAAAUCCAAUGCGGCUGCCUAUUUGCAGCACCUGUGUUAUGAGAACGAUCGCAUCAAGCAGGAGGUGCGCCAGCUGAACGGGGUGCCAAUCUUGGUGGAAUUACUGGACCAUCCAAAACCGGAAGUCCACCGCAAGGCCUGUGGUGCUUUGCGCAACAUAUCCUUCGGAAAAGACCACAACAACAAAAUGGCCAUCAAGAACUGUGAUGGCAUACAAGCUUUAGUCAGACUCUUGAGGAAGUCCAGCAGCAUGGAGGUCAAAGAGUUAGUCACAGGCACUUUAUGGAACCUCUCCUCACAUGAGCCUCUGAAAAUGUUGGUGAUCAACCAUGGUCUUCAAACACUGACCGAUGAAAUCAUUAUCCCACACUCAGGCUGGAGGAGAGACUCGGCAGAUCCCUCUAAAAUGCAGAGCGCUGAAUGGACCACAGUCUUCAAGAACACGUCAGGAUGUCUGAGGAACGUCAGCUCAGAUGGUGCGGAGGCUCGGCAGAGGUUGAGGGAUUGUCAGGGACUCGUGGAUGCCCUUCUUCAUGCCCUUCAGUCAGCUGUUGUCCACAAGGAUAUGGACAAUAAGUCAGUGGAGAACUGUGUCUGCAUUCUGCGGAACCUGUCGUAUCACGUCCACAAAGAAGUACCAGGAGCCGAGCGAUUCCAGGAUUCUCACACCAAUCAUCUGAUGAGGACGGUGGGACACCAGAAGAAGAAGAACGAACCCGACUGUUUUGGUGGGAAAAGGCCCAAAGAGGAGUGGUUCAAUCAAGGUUGGAAAAAUGGAUUAAUGGACAGAAAAUACAGUACAUUGGAUUUACCAAAACGUACAGAGCAAAUGAAAGGUAUAUAUGAAGGCUUGGAGCUGCUGUACCAGCCUGAGGUGGUGAGGCUCUACCUUUCCCUUCUCACCUGCAGUCACAACCAUAACACCCUGGAGGCGGCUGCAGGAGCGUUGCAGAAUCUUGCUGCGGGACAAUGGGCUUUGUCGAGCUACAUCCGAGCCACUGUGAGAAAAGAGAAAGGGCUUCCCAUUCUGGUGGAGCUCCUGCGCUCGGAUGUGGACAAAGUGGUGCGAGCCGUGGCUAUUGCUCUCCGGAACCUGGCCAUGGACAGACGGAACAAAGAGCUAAUAGGGAGUUAUGCUCUCAGGGACCUUGUCGGCAAUCUUCCCUGUGGACAGCAGCACCCAGCGAAAAAUCUUGAGGGAGAUACGGUGGUGUCGAUUCUGAAUACCAUCCACGAGAUUAUAACAGACAGCCCAGAGAAUGCCCGCGCUCUCAUACAGGGACAUGCUGUACAGAAACUGGUGGCCAUCAACAAAUCCAGCCAAUCAGCACGAGAGACCAAGGCAGCCUCCCAUGUGCUUCAGACAAUAUGGGCCUACAAGGACCUGAGAAAUGCUUUAAUCAAGGCAGGCUGGACCAAGAGCAACUUUAAGCCAACGACGACAGGAGUGGCUAAAAAGUCCAAGGGUGGGAAGCAAGGAGGCGAUGACAUCACCUUACCUCUCAUGGACAAAAACCAAGAUGUAUAUUCCAGCUUAGAGCCAAAUGAUAGGGUUGGAGAUGGAAAAGGGCCUGUUGUGGAAAGAGAUGCUCUCCAGGCUAUAAGCGAAAGGAAACACUUCAUCAGAGCUGGCAGACCUGCAGUGGGCCUCAUGGAUAACAAACCUCCACCACUGGACUCCUGGGUGUAAACAUAUCAACACGGCCACCCAAGCCGGUUAAAACCUGCAGAGACACCACUGGUGAAACAGAUUUGUGCCAUUUGAUCAUACUUGUGCAGACAGAGAAACAUAUUACAGUUAAAAAACAAUUUCCUUCAUUGUUAGGAAAUAACGUGUCAAACUAAGUAUGGAGAUUAUGUGACAAUAUGGUCUGGAUUUUGUCAUUUAGGAUAACACUUUGUCUUAAAUCAUAAUGGACUGCUUAUCUGAGAAAGCCUAAUUAUGCAAGCUGUGGUGAGACAAGACCCCAAAGAAUAUAUUAUGACAUGUACAGUUUCAAUUCUACUGCUAUUCCACUGAGAUAACUAAUAACACUUACUAGUUUGUCAAGUUAUUAAGACCUCAAAAGACAUGUCAGUAUGUUACUGUCCAUCUCCCUAAGCUGAGGGAAAUAUCCGCAUUAAAUGCUUUUUAAAAUAUGUUUGUCAGUGUUCGAGAUAAUUAGGAAUAGGGCUCUUGUCGACAUAGUCAUCAAAGCAUUCAAAUCCUUUGGGAAUUCAUUUUGUUCUUGACAAAACUGUUAUCAGACUAGUCCGUGCAUCCGUUAAUAUCCCCCUAUUACAUUUGUUUUUUCACGGCAGGCAAAAUGAGAUUGUAAAUGUGUAACUAAGGACUGUUAAUAAUCUAAAUGAGGGCAUUUAUAUUGUAAUAUUUAUUGUAAUACCCACAUUAUUAAUUCAAAGUUAUUGAUGUGUAUUAGCUAAUACCCGUAAGUAAUACUACAUUCAGUACAACUCUGCUUUGCAGUGGUCCUUUUUGCAUUGCGAUGUCGAAUGAAAAAUAAAAUGAUGUGCAUUAUUUCUCA